AUGGCUUUGACAAUCUCAAACAUACUGCACUGCCCUAAAUUGAAUUCCUCUCGCAACCAUUUCCGUCCCCAAUUUUCAACCUCUCUCAGGUUUCCUAGAAAAAUCAUCUGUGCUUCUGCAUCUGCUGCAGGAAGUUCUAAUCCUAACAGCGAAGUAAAUCCUUACGAGGUUCUAGGUGUAAGCCCUAUUGAGAAGUUUGACACCAUCAAAGCAGCGUAUACUAAAAAAAAGAAGGAGGCUGAGAACAAUGGUGAUGAAGAAACUGCUUCUAGACUAGAAAAGGCAUAUGACAAAGUUAUGAUGUCUCAAUUGAGUAAUCGGAAAAAAGGUCUCACUUUUGGAUCAUUUAAGGUUUCAAAGGACAUAAAGUAUGCUGACAAGCAACCAAUUAUACCUUGGGGACCAAGGUUUGCUAAAUCUAGUGAAAGUGAUAUCCGCAUCAACUUGGCAAUAUCUGCUGCUUUUACAGCUUGGAUCGUGGUCACUCGCAGUGCUGAAUAUAAACCUUUGCAGUUUUUAGCCUUUGCUUUUGUUUAUAGGCUUUUUGAGAAGUUAAAAUCCUUUGAAUCUCCUAAAAGCUCCACAAUUAAUGAAGAUGGUGAAGAUCCAGGAGAAGGACUGCGCAUGGGCAAGAGACUGCUCAGAUCACUGGCCUUGGUUUUUGGAUGUGUAGCUGUUUCAUCCGUGGCAUUCACUGUGGGUUUAAACAUAAUUGAGUCUGCAAGUGGUUAUAUUCCAUCUAUUCUUUACAACAGUCAGGAGUUGAUAAUCACCGCAUCAUCAGCAGUCAUGCUUUAUAUUUUGGGAUCUUUUUAUCGAUAG